GAAAUAUUAGAGAAUAUUUCCUGAAUCGUCUAUUGAAAGGAAAAGAAUUACAACAUACGUACAUCUAUGUAUAUAUAAUGAAAUCCAAACACUUGCGAAGUUGAUAACGUUGAAGAGAUUCUUGAGCGUCUUCCGGUGAAAUCGCUCUCCCGAUUCAAAUCCGUGUCGAAGCAAUGGAGAUUAAUGAUCGAAUCUACCUAUCUCGCCAAGAAACGUCUUGUCCGACACCCAAAUCCAAAACUCCUUGUUCUUCGAUUGGAAAUGUCUAGUGAUCGUUGUUCAAGAACCCUAUUUUUGGAAACUUAUUCAAAAGAUCAUCACGACCACAUAAACAUCUUUAUUCAUUCUUACACAUCUCCAGUUCCAUAUCCCAAAUAUUCUACUUAUGAUACAGUUGGUCAAAUAAUGGGGUAUUGCAACGGAAUAGUCUGCAUCUACGAUCUCGGUUACAUUUAUCUGAUUAACCCCGCAACGAGAAAACUCCGGAUUCUUUCUCCCGAGUUUUUGCGAGAGUAUACAGGCCGCACUGGUUGGUCGAAUGAUUUGCCAAUUAAUGUGGGAUUUGGAAGAGACAUGGUUACAGGAACAUACAAAGUAAUCUUGAUGUAUUUAUUCGAUCGUAAUUUUGUCAAGACCGAAGCCUUAAACCUAAAAAAUGGCGAACGAAGAUACGUAUAUUUCCCCAUUUCUUACGGUCAACUUGGCAAUGAUAAAAGAUCAAUCUUUGCAAAUGGAUCGCUUUAUUGGUUGCCAAAGCCAGACGUUGAUUUUUACACUAAUCAACUAAUAAAGCUGGCAGCCAUCGAUCUUCACACAGAAACAUUUCGUUAUGUGCCACUACCGAGUUGGUACACCAAAUACUGCAAAAGUGUGUACUUAUGGAGUCUAAAAGAUAGUUUAUGUGUAUCUGAUGUGCUACAAAAUCCGAGUGUGGACGUAUGGAGUUUGCAGCAAGAAGAGCCUAGUGUGAAGUGGGAAAAGAUGUUUUCAGUUAAUAUCUUAAGCACGAAUUGUUUAGACGCAAACUUUUGGAAGCUCUGUCUAGCUGCUUAUUAUUUUAGGUCGACCGGAAGAGAUCCAGCUAAUAAUACUUUAGAUCAGGUCCCCGAUGAUCACUGCACCAACGUUUUGUAUACGGAGAAAUUGGGUUCUUCGGUCUAGUUUCAUUGUCCAAUGCUUUAAACAAAUACUGUAUGUUUCUCUAUUUCUUCAAUUAAUGAGUUUAUAUAUUGGCUUUCUAUUUCUUU